GUCUCAAAAUUCGAGCCAAAAAACAACAAUAGAAAAAAAAAACCCCUAGAAACGAAAAUGCCGCCGCCGACGUGGCAGAUAUUCCCCACCGCCGACGGACAUUUCCGAUGGUCUCUCGCCGGCGGAGAACUCGAUCCGCCGCCGUCGGAGACUCCGAAAACCCUAGUCUCUCGUUUUCCGUCGCUGGCCGAUCUCGUGCGGCAAGCUCCUCCGAAGCUUCUAGAACUUGGCGCCGGCGGUGAUCGCACCGGUGGAGCACCGAUGUUCAGAACGGGAUCUGGCAGAUCGGUCUCUGUGAGAGAGACUUCGGUUCAGAGUGCGAAAUCUUUUCUUGAAGGAGGCAAUGCUGUAGAUCGAGGAGCUGAUUUAGCUGUUGGGGGAGGUAGUGGAAAUGAUAACGGUUUUCCAAUGUUCCAAACUGGAUCAGGAAAAUCUGUGGCUGUUAGGCAAGCUUCAGUCAUUAAGGCAGCAGCUGUUCUUGGUGAAGAUACAGAGAAAGGAGCUGCUAUAGCUGUUGAGGGUGAUAAUGGAAGUGAUAAUGGCUUUCCAAUGUUCCAAACUGGAUCUGAAAAAUCUGUUAUGGUUAGGCAAUCUUCAGUUAGAAAGGCAGCAGCUGUUCUUGGUGAAGAUGACAUGGAGAAAGGAGCUGCUGCAGUUGUUCAGGGUGGUAAUGGAAAUGAUAACGGCGUUCCAAUGUUUCAAACUGGAUUGGGAAAAUCUGUUACGGUUAGGGAAUCUUCAGUUUUGAAGGCAGCAGCUGUUCUUGGUGAAGAUGUGGAGAAAGAGGUUUUGAAGCCUCCAUGUUCCAACAGCAGCAAUUAUGAUGUUCCUAUGUUCCAGACUGGUUCUGGGAAAUCAGUUUUGGUGAAGCAAUCAUCUAUUAGUAGGGCAUUAUCUGUUCUUCAAGCUGGGGAUGAUCUUGAAACGGGUUCAUUUUCAUCUGGAAAUUUUGCAGAUAAGACAUGUAAGUUAAUAGGUGAUCGGCAUCACACUUUCUCUAACUCGCUCUUCCAGACUGGCUCUGGGAAAGCCGUAAAUAUAUCUUCUGCUGGUUUUUAUAGAGCUAACACUUUAUUGGGUUUGGAGAGCAAGGACAACCUCUACACUUCGGGAUAUUUCGAGCAUCCAGUUAAUCAGUCUGACUCGAACAUUGCCACUGAUGGCGCCACGGCUUGUUGGAAUACGAGUUCUUCUAGUAUUACCAAAUACAAUAAUGACGCUGAGGGUGCCCUAUCAGAUAAAAGAAAUUCACUCCCGAUUUCAUCAGAUUUCUACUCAUCAGGAAGCCAGCCAUAUAAAGAUGCAGUUCAAAAUCUUAUGGGAUCAGAAGUGUGUGCGCCUGAUGUUGGCCAACCUCCGCUCAAGUUCCAUACUGCUGGUGGCAAGUCUUUAUCAAUUUCUAGGGAUGCACUAAAGCGUGCAAGAAAUCUUCUUGGUGACUCAGACGGUGGGAGUUUACAGAGUAUUUUAAAAGAUCAAUCAACCCUUUUAGUAAAAGAUGACAAAGUAUUUGAUGAAACUUCCUGGAAUAAAGAGAAUAUUCCCAUUGCUUGUCUGCAUCGGAACUCUACUACUAGAAAUCAUUCAGCAAAGCUUCCAUCUCCUCUUCCAAAAGUUACCAAUCAAAUGAAGUCAUUUUCUUCUAUCGCCACGGGUGUCCAAGAUCAACUGAAGCUGAAUGGUUUUCUGUCAGGACGAAAUCAUGACAACAAGAAAAUUUCUCAUUUGCAAGUAUCUUCUAAAAGAGUUCACUGUGUAGCUCAUGCUGCAGUUGACAAUCCAGUAAAGUUACCAGAUGGUCGCCAUUCAUUUGGCCUUGGGCCAUUAGUUGAUAUCUCGAACCACAUCCGUACAGAUUAUUCAAAUAUGAAUGGUUUUGGAAGUGAAAAGAAAAGACCUCAGAGGAGAAACUCCAUCUCUCCAUUUAAAAGGCCACGCAUUUCACGGUUCAGCGCUCCUGUAAACAUCACUAUCUCUUUCUUAGCUGCUGAUUCAAACAAGCCAUCUACUUCAGAAAAGUGUUGUCCUAGAACUAGCAUGUCCGCACAUUAUCCAUUUAAAGUUCAAAGAAAGACUCUUCAAGAAUUUUUUGGUGGUCCUCCAACCAAGCAUAACCAGGUCAGACAACUGCCAGAUCAAGUACAACAAAUGAAUCCCGUCAAUGCAGAUAUGUAUAUGUUUUCUGAUCCUGCAGGUUCUGAUAGUAUUGGAUCAGAGAAUUUUAGAAAUAUGUUACUUCACUCUGGUGCCUCACCAUCAACUGCAACUAAAGAAUGGGUCGCAAAUCACUACAAGUGGAUAGUUUGGAAACUUGCUUGCCUGGAAAGAUGCUAUCCAGCUAAAGCUAGCGGAAAGUUUUUAACAAUGUCUAAUGCGCUUGAGGAAUUAAAAUACCGAUACGAAAGAGAAGUUAAUUAUGGCCAUAGGUCAGCAAUUAAAAGAAUUCUGGAUGGUGAUUCAUCACCAGCUUCUAUGAUGGUCCUAUGCAUUUCCUCUAUAUAUUCAAGUCCUUCUCCUGACCUGAAUAAAUUGAACAAUACAACUAAUGCAAUUGAAGAUGAAAAAAACCUUUACCGCGUAGAUGGAGCUGAAAGAAAUCAUGUUUUGAAAAUAGAACUAACUGAUGGGUGGUAUUCUCUGGAUGCUGUUUUAGAUGUAUUGUUGUCAAAGCAGUUAGCUGCUGGAAAGCUGUUCAUUGGCCAGAAACUUCGGAUAUGGGGAGCUAGUUUGUGUGGUUGGGUCGGGCCUAUUUCACCAUUUGAGGCCUCUAAAACAGUUAGCUUACUGAUACAUAUAAACGGGACAUAUCGAGCACACUGGUUUGAUAAAUUGGGAUUCUGUAAAAAUCAUGGAGCUCCACUGGAUUUUAGAUGCAUUAAGGGCGCUGGGGGUAAAGUUCCCAGGACUUUGGUUGGAAUUACACGAAUUUAUCCUGUUUUGUAUAAGGAAAGAUUCACAGAUGGUGGUUCUAUUGUGAGAUCAGAAAGAAUGGAGAACAAAGUGCUCCAGCUGUAUAACCAAAGGCGGUCUUGCAUUGUGGAGGAUAUCAUGGGUCAGCAACAUGAUGUAUCUACAAAUGUUGACGAUAGCGAAGAAGGGGCAAGACUAAUGGCAGAUAUGAGCUCAGAGCAACUGGCGUCUUUUUCAACUUACCAGUUGAAGCAAGAGGCUAACAGACAAUCUAGCAUGCAAAAGAAGAUUGAGAAAGCUUUGGAAGAUGCAGGCCUUAGCUUGAGGGAUGUUACACCUUUUAUGAGGGUGAGAGUGGUCAGCUUGACCAGCAAAUGCUCACGUAAGAGGUGCCCUCCUAGGGAAGGGAUAAUAACAAUUUGGAAUCCUACUGAGAAGCAGAAAUUUGAUCUGGUGGAAGGGCAGAUAUAUUCUGUCUCGGGACUUAUGCCACUGAAUUUUGGUUCUGAUAUCCUUUACCUACAAGGUCGAGGAUCUUCUACAAUGUGGAAACCCAUGCUAUCAACAUCCGAGAAAUUUGAACCAUUUUUCACCCCUCGGAGACCAGUGCUAGUGUCAAGUUUGGGUGAGGUGCCCCUAGCAAGUGAAUUUGAUAUUGCUGCUGUGGUCGUGCAUGUGGGGGAGGUUUAUAUAUCUGGUUGCCAAAAAAAACAGUGGAUUUUUGUGACAGAUGGAUCCAAGUGCAGCUCAGAAGUAACAUUUGAAGAUCUGUAUGAUUGUUUGCUUGCUGUCAGCUUUUGCUCACCUGUCAAUGAUAAUGAUCUUUCUGGGCUACUCAGCCAGUGCCUUGUAGGGACACCAGUUUCCUUCUGUAAUCUUGUUAAGCGGGCAAGGGACCAGAUGAAUCAUCUUUGGGUAGCUGAGGCAACAGAAAAUUCUACAUAUUCUGUUUGCUAUAACCUUCCAAAAAGUUUUCACCUUAAGGAAGCUGCAGGCUCUGAUAACCACUGGUCAAACACAUCUUCUUCGAUAAUGCAAAAGCUUAGGGAGAGGAUUUUAUGUAUUGUUGAUGGUCAGCGAAGCUAAUUAUAAGACAUUCUAUUUUGAGAUUUUAUUCUACCUAUAUUCCACAAUUAAAUUCUUCUACAUGGAAAAAUGAAUGUGUUGGCUUUGAUGAAUGCCCCAUGAUGUGCCAGAAGCCAGCAAAUGCAAUUCUAUCAGCACUUAUCCAUUGUCUGUAUAGCGCAAUGUUUCUUGGAAUUUUGAGUUACCGCAGGAUAUUGGGCUUGGAAAUUUGUCAGUUUGAGUUGCAGCAGGGUUCGGGCUCAUGACUUCUGUCGAAAACUAUGCUGAUCAAGAUUAUAGCUUUCAUAUAGCUAAUAGCAUGGUGUCCAAUGAAAGGGGAUGGAAGAACAUUUGGACGAAGAGGCUGCUUCAAGUGCUAGUACUUUUUGUUCCUGUAGCUAGAAUAUAAUAAGGAAGGUUUUCAAGAUAGUGUAGCAGCUGAAACAGAUAAUAUUUAUAAAUCUGAGAACGCUAACAGCAACUCUCAAUUUUGUAUAUAUGUUCAAUUGUUCCAUGUACUGGUAGUAUUUCUGGAAUAAAAGUUUUUUAAUC